GGAGAUUUUUUUCUAAAGAGGCGGAAUAGAUUUUGGCUUAACGUUUACUUUUGGACUAUAGUGGGAGCAGUUUCAGACUGAAUAAAGAGACUUCCUGAUUAUCAUUUUUUUGUUUGUACAUAAGAAGCGGUCUACAAUUUUCAUUAUCACUUACUCCAGAAACAAUUUGAGUGGCAAGAGCAAAAGCAGAGGAGGAGAUGGUUGAAUGCUUCACUUAAGGCAUCACAGUCCUUGGAACGAAAAAACAAAGUCCUUGAUUUUAAGUAUGCAAGAACCAACAACUUUGUUUUCAGAGAAGACACAAAGUCCAGGAAAUUUAAAUGGAGAACAGUAUGACUCAGCAGAUGGAGGAUCAGGUGGUGACGAACCUGACUUCAACUGGGAUGAAUAUCUUGAAGAAACGGGCGCAAGUCCUGCUCCUCAUAAUUCAUUCAAACAUGUUGAGAUCAGCCUCCAGAGUAGUUUCCAGCCGGGAAUGAAGUUGGAAGUUGCUAAUAAGAGUAAUCCCAACACGUACUGGGUUGCCACAAUCAUCACAACGUGUGGACAACUUUUACUCCUGCGAUAUAGUGGCUAUGGAGAUGAUCGCAGGGCAGACUUUUGGUGUGAUGUCAUGACUGCAGAUUUGCAUCCUGUUGGGUGGUGCUCGCAAAAUGAGAAGGAGUUGAAACCGCCUGAAGAUUUCACUCCUGUGAUGGAAAUGUGCUGUGCAAGCUUGGUGCUUUCUAAGGCUGCUGAUGCUGAAUCAUUUUUGACUCUCCCGAUUCCUUCUCCUAGAACUGCAAUCUGUGAGAAAUAUGGAGACUGGACAGAAUUUCUUAUUCGGGAUUUGACUGGUGCAAGGACAGCUCCUGCCAAUCUUCUGGAAGGGCCGCUUAGAGGGAAGAACACUGUGGACCUCGUUACGCCUAAAUCUCUAAUUGAACUUCAGGAUGCUAAAAACCCUUUCCAGUUCUGGGUAGUCCGUGUGGUAGAGAAUGUCGGUGGGAGAUUGUGCCUGCGUUAUGAAGGACUGAACGAUAUUGAAGAUCACGACCAGUGGUUAUUUUAUCUGGACUGCAGACUCCGCCCAGUGGGAUGGUGCCAGGAAAAUGGCUGCAAGCUUGAGCCUCCAACAGAAAUCCAGUCUCUCAAAAGUGACUCGGAAUGGAAAGAUGCCCUUGAAAAGGCCUUGUCUGAAGCUGAAAAGUUUUCAUUACCACUGGAAGUGUUUAAGGACCAGUCUGAUAUAAGGACUCACUGCUUCACAGUUGGCAUGAAGUUGGAGGCAGUCGAUCCAAGGGAACCCUUUUUGAUUUGCCCUGCCACGGUGACCAAGGUUUUUAACGACCACUAUUUUAUGAUCACAAUUGAUGACUUAAGGCCAGACGCUAGUGAAAACUCAAUGCUUUGCCAUGCUGAUUCACCAGGGAUCCUACCUGUUCAAUGGUGCCUUAAAAAUGGGGUCCAUCUUACUCCCCCAAAAGGUUAUCCUGGUCUAGAUUUUGACUGGGCUGAUUAUCUUAAACAAUGUGGAGCAGAGGCACUGUCUCAGUACUGUUUCAGAAAUACUUCACUCAGUCGGGGCUUCACCAAAAAUAUGAAGUUGGAGGCGGUUACCCUGUGUAACCUUGCAGAAAUAUGUGUAGCUUCAAUCACAAAAGUAAAGGGACGCUUGAUGUGGCUGCACCUUGAAGACUCAAAGAAAUCUAUCCCAGAAUACAUUGUUGAUGUGGAAUCCAUGGAUAUUUUCCCAGUUGGUUGGUGUGAAGCAAAUGGCUACCCCUUAACCCCACCAUGUCGUUCAGUCUGUCAGAAACAGAAGAAAAUUGCUGUGGUGCAACCAGAGAAACAGCUGCAUUCCACAUCUGUUGAGAAAAUCCUUCAUGACUCAUAUGCUGUUGCAACAGAACCAGGUACUACCAAUGGCAAGUAUUGCUGCUCCAAAAUAUACUUCAAUCAUCGGUGUUUCUCCGGUCCGUAUCUAAACAAAGGGCGAAUAGCGGAACUCCCUCAGUCCGUUGGACCUGGGAAGUGUGUGCUUGUUCUGAAGGAGGUUCUCACUCUAUUGAUUAACGCAGCGUACAAGCCGGGCCGUGUGCUGCGGGAGUUACAGCUGGAGGAUGACCCAGAAUGGAACUGUCAGGAAGAGACAUUAAAAGCCAAGUACAAAGGGAAAACGUACCGGGCAAUUAUGAAAAUCGUGAGGACAGCAGAUCGGGUGGCUGAUUUCUGCAGGAGGACGUGCAUGAAGUUAGAGUGCUGCCCCAAUUUAUUUGGACCACUCAUGGUGACUGACAAGUGCCCAGAAAAUUGCUCUGUGCACACAAAAACAAAAUAUACUUAUUACUAUGGAAAAAAGAAGAAAAUCGUCAGGCCUCCUGUAGGACACAGCAGCAUGGAAAACAACAACAAAAAGCCCGCAAGGAGGAGGAAGAAACGCAGGUCCUGUUUUGUGCAAAAGAAAAAACGUUCAUCUACUUCAGUCGACUAUGCUUCCCAGGAAAAUGGAGAGGACAAAGAAGAUGUCCAUGAUGCGAUAGAUGAUGAAACAGGAAGUGAUGGAACCAGCUCAGAGCCACGGGAUGACCAGACAGACACCUCCUCUGAAAUGCCUGACGUCAAACCAAAACGAUUAGAAAGGUUGAGAUCUGCUUCAGAGCAACCUAGGCCUUACAUAGUAGACAGUGCAAGGCGGAAGAGAAGGGCACGAACAUUGUCUCUAUCUGAGGAUGACAAAUAUGAUUCCCUCAAAUGCUCAGCACCAAAGGAAAUUAGGCAGAAUGAAGAGGAUAAACUCGUUCUGGAGAGUAAUCCCCUGGAAUGGUCAGUGACUGACGUUGUUAGAUUCAUAAAGUCCACCGAUUGCGCACCUCUGGCUAAAAUAUUUCAGGAGCAGGAUAUUGACGGUCAGGCACUGCUACUCCUAACACUGCCAACAGUCCAGGAAUGUAUGGAGCUUAAACUGGGUCCUGCUAUAAAACUAUGUCAUCACAUUGAACGAGUGAAGUUUGCUUUCUAUGCACAGUAUGCUGAUAUGUCAUGAGCCCCUCUACUUUGUCCAGAUUGGCUCUAAAAAGAAUGCUGGACCAGAAUGUUCUGAUUGAAAACAGCAAGACAGAUUACCAACUGAUAUACAGCCAGCCGGAGAAAUACUGUGAAGUAGAUUUCAUGAAUGUUUUUUUUAAAUUUGCUGCUCGACUAAAUUUGAUCAAUAUGAAGUAAUGUAACUGUAAAAGGGCCUCUUUUACUUAAAGAUGGAUAUUACAAGAUAUUUAAAUCAGAUCCAUCACUGAUGGGCACAUGACAACAACUCAUUCUAAUGUGAACUACUUCCAAAAAUUCCCUGGAAGUUGGAAGGUAUCCAUGGACUUGGAUUUCGUUGAUAACAGCAGCCAUGUUGACGAGGAUUCGUAACUUGACAGGCUGAGCCUUGCUGAGACUUAAGGUUUUAUUUAAAUCCCUGAUAUUUUAGUAUGAUAGCAAGGGCACAGAUUGGACUGAACAGAGGAGGGACAAACCGGACCUAGAAGCGCUGGGCACACAACUGACAAUGGUCCAUCAAUCUGCCCUGUUUGUCAAUUGAACAAUAUUUCUGUACAAUCCUUCUGGCUAUUUAGAUUUGGAGGUGAUAUGCAAUUUGACAGUUGGUCCUGAUUAUAAUGAGCUUGAGUCACAAGAUGCUUUAGCUCCAUUGCGACCAGUGUAGAAUUUAGGCCAGAAGGCAGUUUUGUUACAUUUUCUUCAAAUUUGUUGUAUAAACCUAUGAUCAGUAGCAACCAAAAAGUUAAUCCAGUGUAAGACAAAUGAGAACGCAGUUACCUAUAAUUAACUAGAGCAGGUAAUUAUAACCCAGAGCUGUAUAAGGUAUAUCUCUGCAGUAAUACUCAUACAAUUGAUGUCUGAACAGUUUGCUGACACUGGUACAAUAUAAGUUGGUUUCUACAUCAUGAUUUUACAAAAGGAAAAAUAUAAUUACCUUGAUAAGUUCCUAGUGUUUAAGCUCGAGUACUGGUAAUUUUAAAGAACAUUACGUUUUUUUAGGGCGUUGGCAUGGGGUUGUUUACAAAUGACAUGCCACAAUUUUAUAUGUAUUUGGGGGCCAAUUUAACAAGAUGUUUUGACCUUCAAUGUGGAGAAAACAAGGUUGGCCAUGUUGUAGAGAAUAAGAUGAAUUGCCUCAAUUGGAUGAAUAUGUACUUGCAGGAAGAAUCAGCGAGCAUUAGAAAUAGCAGUAAUUUUAUAAUCUUUCUCUUUGAGAGAUCCCUUGUUAAUGUAUUUUUUUGUGGGAACUCAAAGCAGCGUAUUGGAAGUAUUGCUCUAUGCCUGCGUGAGUCAUUUCUUUAUUAUCAUUUAUCAUUAUGCAUUUCAGUCAGCAAAACAAUAAAGCAGAGAAAUCAAAUGCCAAACUUAUUGUUUCAAAAUCUCUUUACAAAGUAGAAUCGCAGUUUGAAACCCAGGUUAUACAAAAAUCCCUUUGAGUGUCUAGAUUUUAAUAAUCUCAGGCAGAUAAAAGUAAAAUAAUCAUUUGCAGUUUUCUGGUUCCUUAUAACAUUGUCAUAUUUUAACAGUGCUUCACACAAUGCUUAGCUGUUUUGGAGCACAGUGACUUUGUAAAUGACUGAAACAUUUUUACUGUGUAGAUUAAUUCAUACUUUAGUAUUAGAAUUAAAAUGUAAUAUAUUUUAUGUAUCAAAUGUUCAGAGAUUAAAUGUAUUCUUCAAAUAAGACACCCAUGUUAAUCACAUAAUUUCCAUGGUUUUUCAUGCAAAAAAGUUUAUUUUUAAGAAAAAUAAUUCUGUAAUGACAGUGAUUGUGUAUAUCACACCUUUUUAAUUCCACAAAGAGUUAGGAAAAGCAAGGCUUCACAUUCCUGCGCCACAGGACUUUUAAUGUUGUGUGUGACUGUGGUGUUUUUCCUUUGUCACCUGACAAUCCUUGUAUCAGACACAGAUUGUGAAGGGCUCAGGUCUGUUUCUUAACUCAUUCUGUUCCCCUAAGCAUUAAAUAGCAGUCAAACUUGUUCGAUAUCUCAGAUCACCCAACCACUGGUGUGUACCAUUCAAUUUGUACACACAGGAUAUUUGUAUGCAUUCAGAGAAUGCGUUUGGUGUUUCUGCCUAGAAUCAAUAUGGUAUGUAUGCUUACUGGUUCAUUUUAAAGCCAGCAACUAACAAAGUUGAUCCAAAGGUAUUAAAUGACAGGUGGCCUCGUGUGUCAGUAAGCCACAUGUUUUUACCAUAAAGUUUUUCUAGUCUAGCAAUGGGCAAAAACAGACCUAUAAGUAAAAUGGCCUGUAACUUAAGAUAAUUAGGAACAAAAUAAACACGCCAAAUCAACACCCUAAAUAUUUCCAUUCUUUUUCCUGGUGCUAGAUUGCUAUUUCUGGAGCAACACCAUGUUGCAUGUACAUCCUUUGUAUGAAUUCUUUAGGAGUGCAAGUUUGAUAUUUAAUUCUUCGCUCUAAAAUCCGUAAAUGGAAGUGUGAGUUAAAAAGAACUGAACAAAUUGCUCAUUUAUCGUCCACAUUAUUCAUAACCUCCUGUACGAUGUUGUAUGAGUGACACAUAUGCUUAUCGAACACAAAUCAUGGUGAUAUAAAAAUGCAGUGCAAAGAUUUCAACUGAGGUAAUUUCAGUAUGUGCAAUCCUGUCCUACAUUAUAUAAAAAAUACAUAUCUUGCAUAAAGCUGUUAAUUCAGCUUUCUAGUUGCCAUUGGUGAAGCCUCUAAUGAUGUCAAUACUCUGCACUAAAUAAACAUCUCGGUACACCAUUUGGACACGAGAUUCUGCAGAUGCAGCAAAUCCAGAUUAAUGCACACAAAAUGCUGGAGGAGCUCAGCAGGUCAGGAGGCAUCUACGAAAAGGAAUAGAGAGUUUGGGAAAAGACCUUCCUUUAGGACUGGAAAGGAAGGGGCAAGAAGCCAGAAUAAGAAGGGUGGGAGAAGUGAGUAAGGAGUGCAAGCUACAAGAUGAUAGAUAAAGCUGUGGGUAGGGGAGAGGCAAAGUGAGAAACUGGGAGGUGGUAGGUGGAAAAGUUAAAGGGCAGAAGAAGUAGUCUGAUAGGAGAGGAGAAUGAACCAUGGGAGAAAGGGGAGGAGGAGGGGCAUCACAGGGAGGUGAAUUCUGGCUUCUUCCCCAUUUCCUUCUAGUCCUGCCAAAGGGUCUGGAACGUCGACUCUUUAUUCCUUUUCAUAGAUGCUGCCUGACCUGUUGUGUACCAUAUGGACAAGAAUGUGGCCUUGGGAAAGCUGAUGCAUAUGCUGAUGAAUUGUCUAAACAUACAAGGAAGGACACUUAUAAAAUUAAGAAUAUCUUAAAAAGUAAGGAUUACGAACAUGAUUUUUAAAGCUACCAUUAUCUAAAAGAAAAUAACAAAGGAAAAGUGAGGGGAGUAAUCUUUGUUAAAAUAUUCAGCCGUGAAUUUUAGCAUUGAAACCAACUUUAAUAAUUUCCCUACCCACCAAAUAGCAUAUUCAAUGUUUUGGAAAUCUGACUUUAGAAUUUACAUUUCUUUGGAAGAAUUAAAAAUAUAUGAACUAUACACAGUUUUGUUUGUCUGUACAGAGCUGUGAAGAACAGGGGAAAAUAGUAUAUUUUAAAGGAAUUGGACUAUUUCAGAGCAAAGUGGAAAUGUGUUGCAAUAUAUACUGUACCAUUUUGCUCUUAAACCAGGAAUCCAUUGAAUAUAGCAAGAACAUGUACUAGGUUGUAGCUGAAGACAUUUUGUUAACUAAUCUAUGAGAGUUGGUAAAUAGCUGCAGAAAGUACUUUGAGAAGCUGUGUGUCUACUGAAUGUUAUAUUGGUAGGGCUGAUCGGUGUUUUACUGUAAAAGCAAGAGAUUCAGGAGAUGCUGGAAAUCCAGGAGACGAGCACAAAAUGCUGGAGGAACUCAGCAGAUCAGGCAGCAUAUAUGGAGAGGAAUCAACGGUCAACGUUUUGGGAUGUGUCUAAUGACUUUGACCCUUCAUCAGUCUGAGACCAAAACACUGACUGUUGAUUCAUCUCCAUAGAUGAUGCCCAACCUGCUGAGUUCCUCCAGCAUUUUGUGUUUGUUCCUGAUUUUUUUUUUAUUUUAAUGCAUUAAUACAUAACACAAUUUUUGAAAAGUGGUCCUUUUUUCUUAACCCAAGUACGAUUUGCAAACUCGAUCUGUACUAUAAUAAAUGGCAGCAUUGUUUGUAUUGAUGGGAGCAAGAUUAAAGCUAAACUAAUUUCACUCAUUAUUAUAGUUUUCUAUUAUAUUAAACUUAUGAUUUCAUUCAGUCUGGUAACAUUCUGAAACAAAAUCAGAUCAAACACCCAUUAGAUAACAUCAGCAGAUAAGUAACAAGGUUUAAAAUGGACACCACUAUGCAAAAAAAAAAGUGCGGGAAAAUGAAAUAAAUGGUAAUCGUUUAGAGAUCUGGUAGAAUUCUGCUUCAGAAAACACAUCAAAUGCAAAAUAAAAGAUCAGUGUUUGUAGCUGAAAUAACAAGAAUGAUUGGGCAGGUAGUAAAAUGCACAUCGAAUCUGCUACUGUCUAAUUUGUGCCCGACCAAAGUUGAAUUUCAACCCCUAGGUAUGAUGAAGGGUUUUGAUGUACAAGUUACUGCAAAGCAGUUAUUGCUUUUACUUUGUUAAUCUUCUGUAUAAAUUUACAGUUUGUAUAUGUGCUCAAAAAAUUGCACAUCCCAUUUUAAUGUGUAUAUGAUGAAUGAUGGUUAUAAUUUUUAAACGUAAAGCAUAUAUCAAAGUGGUUUUUAUUCCAGAACAGUGGAAAAUGUACAGAUGACAAAUGAAACUGUGCAUUGUAAUAGCUUCUUGCAUGUUGUUCUUAAUGGACCUAUAUUAAAUGCUGUUGCUGCUUUAUUUCAGAAGGCAGAUUCCUUGCGUUAUUAUUUGUCUAUCCAGCCUGUUCACAUUUUGUAUAUAUUUUGAAGGUUUAAAUAUAGUCUUUCUGUGUCA